UCAAUCACUGUCGUGAGAAAAUGGAAAUACUUGUUAAGUACCUCAAACCUGAAUCCACCUGUUAGUGCCUCUUUCUACAACCUAUCAAAAUCCGCCUCAAAGACAGCGGUUACCAUGGCUACCACAACCCGCAGCUGUUUGAUUGUCAGCUCAAACGUCACACCCUCCUCCGCCUCGCGUGCCGCCUGCACUUUGUUUAACCGGGUCUCCCCGCCCUCCCACUACGUAACAUGCGGCACAUCGUUACAGGCAAAUGGAGCGCAGCCACUAUCUCCACUGACCUGGAUUGAGUCUGCAUUCCACUCAGCUGAGAGGAGAAUCACCACCGCAGUGCUGCCGUGCAGAUGGAGUCGGGACCGGGAAGCCGUGGCUGCCCGUCAGCGCAGCUCCUGGAGCCGCCGAGCUGGAGGCAGAGCACCGCCGGCCGGCUGGACCAACUCCUGUGAUCGGAUCGUCCUUUUUUGGAGGAGUGACACAAACUUGAUUCUAAUUCUCGUCCCCUACAUGGAGCCGGAGGGCGCAGGGUAGGGGGGGCAGCAGCAGGGGCCUCCGGGAGAGACCAGAACUUCACACCUGAAGUGUAACUCCACUAAGGCUAAUGGAUCUGAAGAGAGUGCUGUCUUUCCCACCAUACCCUGGGGAUUACCUGCAUCCAGUGGUGUAUGCCUGCACAGCGGUCAUGCUGCUCUGUCUGCUCGUCUCUAUCAUGACCUACAUUGUCCACCACAGUGUCAUCCGCAUCAGCAGGAAUGGCUGGCACACACUCCUCAACUUCCUCUUUCACACGGGGCUGACAUUUGGAGUUUUUGCCGGGGGCAUCAAUCAGAUCAACUUACCUUUUAUGUGUCAAAUUGUUGGCAUCGUGCUCCAUUAUGCUUCUUUGUCUACCAUGCUGUGGCUGACGUUUACAGCUAGAAACAUCUUUAAAGAUGUGUCCAAAGACCCACUUCGGACCCAGGACAGGAAUGGGCCGGCCCAGACUCGCACCAAACCAACAGUCCUCAGAUUUUAUCUCGUCAGUGAUGGAAUUCCACUCAUAAUUGUUGGAGUUACAGCAGCCUUUGGUAUGGAUAACUAUGGCAGCAGGGAUGACGCCUUGUAUUGCUGGAUGGCAUGGGAACCAAGCCUGGGUGGUUUCUAUGCCCCCAUUAGUCUUCUGGUCUUAGUCAUGUCCGUGUACUUCUUGUGCACCUAUAUCCAGCUUAAACGCCACCCGGAGAGGAAGUACGAGCUGCGAGUUCUGAGUGAGGAGCAGCAGCAGUUAUCAUCCAGUGAGUCAAACCAUCACUGCCACACUGGCACUGGGGGAGCUUCUGGGCCUGCUGGGGACUGUCCACCAUUUGCAACAGGCUUGUCAGUUCUAGCCAAUGAGCACUCAUUUAAAUCUCAGCUCCGGGCCACAGCCUUCACCCUCUUUCUGUUCCUGUCUACCUGGGCUUUAGGAGCCUUGGCGGUAUCACUAGGACAUUUCCUGGAUAUGAUAUUUAGCUGCCUGUAUGGGGCUUUUUGUGUCACUCUAGGACUCUUCCUUCUCAUUCAGCACUGUGCCAAACGUGACGAUGUAUGGCACCGCUGGUGGGCUUGUUGCCCGUCCAAGUCCAAGACAGAGGGUGGGAAUGAGGAUGGACAGAGCCAGAGGCAGGAGCUCCAUCAACCACACUGCCACUUGAGCUCCCCAUGCUCAGGCAAGCAGCCGCUGCUCUCUCCUCACCUUGUGCAGAGCGCUUACCACAAAAUGAUACCACCUCCCCAGAGCCCUACACCAAAUCACACAGGUCCAUGCUGCGUGGCAGUGAUGGGACCUGUUAGCCCAACCCCAAUCUCACCUCUCGUUGAGCCAGUCCCAUCACCACGUCCACAGUCGCUUUCUGAGGAGCUCUCUCGUCCCGCUCUGCCUCUACAGAGCUGCCUUAAUAACAGAACAAAGUCACGCUCCUUCAACCGCCCACGCCCAUGCCUUCAGGACUACCGUUCUCACAUGACUUCCACCAGUAUGGAUGGGAGUGUACACAGCUCCCACCUGGACAGCCCCCAUGGUGCGCACCACCUUGAAGGUUCAUCUCUGGUUUGCAACAGCCCCCACCCAGACCUCCAGCUUCCCUGCCCUAGUCCUCACUUGGAUAAACAGCUGGCUUCCUGCCACAGUUUGCAACGCCAGACCUCCUGCCAGAGCGUACAGAACAUGCAUGACAGCAUUACUUCCUGUCACAGCCUCCUCCUGCCUUCUCAUGGGGUCCACACCUGCCAGUGGCACAUGUACAGCUCAGCAGAUCAUUCUUCCACUACAAGCUGCUGUGAGAAACCUGAUCCCUUCACUUUACAAUAUCAGCAAGACCCUGACACAUACAGCUGCAUGUCAAAGACAACAGACAAAGAAAAGGAUAAUCUCUGCGUAGAGGCGGAGCAGCAAGGUUUUCCAAGAAAUACUCUGCCUCGGCAGCACGCCACUGUCAGCCGGCGGGGUACCAUUGGCCGAAACAGGAGCCUACAGGAAGAUGGCCUGUUUGGUUCAGACGCAACAGGAAACAUACGAACUGGCCCUUGGAAAAAUGAAACCACCGUAUAGUUUUAAUAUGCUUGUACUUCUUAGACCUUCCAGCAGCCCUGUAAUCUAAUUAUUUCGUAAGUGUUUGGGUCUCAAUGCCUUCAGCUUUGACCUUAAACUAUAGGCCGAGUUUCGGUCAGGCACCGUAUCCCAAUGAUAUUUCAGAACCCUUUAUGACAAAGUUAUCUUUAAUUGUGUUACCAUUACGUUUUUAUAAUGAAUUUUCAAACGUAAGAAAGGUUCAGUUAAUGUUGAGUUAAUGUUCU